GGGCCCGGGAUGAAACCAUGCAAACCAUUACAAAGCUUAAAUAUGAGAUGUCUGUCCUCUCCCAUCAAGUAUCCAUUGUGAGUCAGGAGCUGCAGGAAAUGACGCGACUUCUCAGGCCUCUCUUUCACAACCCGUCCGCACUGCUGACUCCCAGUGCCGUGACUCCCUCGCCCAGCGUGUCCCCACUCAGCUGCUCUCUGGCCCUACACCUCAAUACCCAGCAUGCACCUGUGCACUGUCCUGAUGAUCAAAAUCCUCCGUCGUCCAUGAUGCAUGAACCGCCCUCUCCACAGCUGAGCAUGAGCAAGGUGUUUCAAGGAGAGUUCGAUCCACUUUCUUCUUCUCCUUCCCCCCAUAGUCCUCCAUUCUCUCACCAAACCAGUACCACUCCCCCGGUCUCUCACCGCUCGGCUCCCCCUUCGCUCAACAGCUCUCCCCACGAGCACACAAUCGUGCCACAUCCCUCCUCUUCCACCUCCAUCCCUUCUCUUUCUUCAUCAAGCCACCCAUUAUCCAUCACUCCCCUUCUGGUGGAUUUAUCAGAGCCGCAAUCACGACUUCGGCUCCACUUCCCACUCCAAUCCCAUUCUGAGUCCCACCUCCAGUCAGAGACCCACUUCAUGUCCCAGUCUUAUCCUCAUUCCCUUUCCCAGUCUGACAUCCAGCCUCAGAUUUCUCUCCAAACCUCCAGCAUGGCGUCACGUUCCCGAGAGCCCCUCCUGGACCUGCAGAGGGUGGAGUGGGGGGAGCACACCACCCAGCUUAGCCUCGUAGAUGAGGGACAGUCCUCGAUGUGAGCACACAGGAAGACUGGGACACUCGACUAAGAGACAGGAGCAGCAUGCCACACAUCCUACUGCAUGACAAAGUUUGGCAUGCGGGUUACAAUGUAAAUAUGUUGAUUUUAAACUGUUGGAAACUGUUAUCAUGAGCACCUUCAAGAAGAUCUGAGAAUAAACGUUUGUUUUACA